GGAAUCACGUGAUCGGCACGGGGCGCAGUUUGGCACUCCAGUACUUGAAGAUGGUGAGCUACGCGCUGGUCGCGAGUUUGCUGCCUCUACUCAUCAACUUUUCCGAAUCUGUUCCAUUUAGCAACUCUAAAGAGGAGUGGGACUAUGUUGAAGUCCGAGAUGGAGCCCACAUGUUUUGGUGGUUGUACUAUGCGGACAACCCCACUAAAAACUUCUCGGAGUUGCCUUUGGUGAUGUGGCUGCAGGGAGGACCCGGUGCAUCAGGCUGUGGAUUUGGCAACUUUUUAGAAAUUGGACCUUUAAACAUAAAGCUUCAGCCUCGCAAUACAUCCUGGGUGAAAGAAGCUAGUAUUUUAUUUGUGGAUAAUCCAGUGGGGACAGGUUUCAGCUAUGUCACGAGUAAAGAUGCCUUAACAAGGAAUGUGUCGGACAUUACCAAUGACAUGUUGGUCCUACUCCAGGAAUUUUUUAAAGCUAGACCAGAGUUUCAGAGUGUUCCAUUUUACAUCUUCUCUGAAUCCUAUGGAGGCAAAAUGGCUGCAGCCAUUGGUCUGUCAUUGCACAAGGCCGUGCAGUCAAGGAGCAUCAAAUGCAAUUUUGCUGGUGUGGCACUUGGAGACUCCUGGAUUUCUCCCUUAGAUUCUGUUCUCACAUGGGGACCCUACCUCUACAGCAUUUCUAUGCUAGAUGAGGAGGGCCUCUCAGAAGUCAACAAUGCUGCUAAGAAGGUGGAGGAAGCAUUUGACCGUGGGGAUUACGAGAAAGCCACGUCUCUUUGGUCUGAUGCUGAGAAUGUGGUGGAGAAGAAUACAGAUGGAGUUAACUUUUAUAACAUUCUCAACAUGGACCCUGAUGACGGAAAGGAAGUGGCCCAAAUGCAAAAUGCACCACUGGCUUCUCUCUUUCAGCGUCAUGUGAAACGCUUUCAGCAACAAGAACUUGACCAGCUAAUGAAUGGCCCAAUCAGGAAAAAACUCAAAAUUAUUCCAGAUUCAGUCACAUGGGGAGGACAAUCUGGAGAUGUUUUUAUGUACAUGUCAGGAGACUUCAUGAAACCUGUCAUUGAUAUUGUGGACCAGCUCCUCGCUGAACAGGUCAAUGUGACAGUCUACAAUGGACAGUUGGAUUUGAUUGUGGAUACUGUGGGACAAGAAGCCUGGGUGAAAAAACUGAAAUGGCCUGGCCAACCUGUGUUUAACAGCAUGAAAUGGAAACCUUUGCACGUGACUCCUGACGACACUGCUGCAUUCUUCAAAGCCUACCAGAACUUUGCUUUUUACUGGAUACUAAAGGCUGGACAUAUGAUUCCAGCUGAUCAAGGAGAAAUGGCUCUUAAAAUGCUCAGAAUGGUAACCAAUCAGGAGUAAGUUCAUUGGUACCCAGCUGGACUGGAGUCUUCAGACAGGAAAGAAAACUGCUCAGGUCACUGGAAUUUCAAGCAUAGUAAGCUUCCUGUGGAAACUUAACGUGUGGCUGCUUAGCUAUUUUCUUCCUGAGUUUAUAUUGAAUGCUUUAUUCCUUCUUUUUAAAGAGCCACUUUUCAGGGAUGUUCUUCCUUUUGUGCACAAUCAUUGGAACAAUUUGUGUUCAUCGUAAUAUGUAAAAAUUAGUCUGAAUUAAACUGGGUUGAUUUUUA